AUGUCUUCCAAACCAGAGUUCAACUUUUCCGUUCCCCCCCCUUUGUCUGUCAUGAAAGGGCUACACAUAGCCAACGAGGAGAAGAAGAUCGAGAAGCUGAAGGAGAUGGCGCGGAAGGCCCUCGAGGACCUUCAGGUGGAGCGGGAGAAGGGGAAGGAGAUGGCCGAGGAGCUAGCCGAGGUGAAUGCUGUGCUCGAGGAGCAGAGCAACUUGGAGGAGAAAGUCCUCCAAAUGCAAAAAGCCUCAGACGACCAGCCGGGUUCUCUGAAAAGAUACAGAGACCUGGAGAAAGUAUACAAGGAACUGGACGGCCAGUAUCGCGGGAUGAAGAAGCAUCGGGAGGACCUGCUGGAGAGCGUCGACGAGCUCAGGAAGGAGAAAGACGAAGUCCAGGAGAAGAACUACGACCUGGAGCUACGGAACAUCGAACUCGAAACAAGUCUCAAGGAUGCCGUCGAACGAAUCCAGAGAAUGCAGCAAGACUCCUAUAAGGGAUACGCCGAGUUGAAGGAGCAGAUCGCCAAGGAGAAGCAGACGACCAAAGGUCUGGAAGAGGAUUGCGAGACUUUGCAGGCAACGCUUGACAAGACGACCGAAGAGCGCGAGCUGAACGCGUCGAAAUCAUCAGAGGCCGAGGAGCGCUGUCGCCUCCUGAGUGCCACGAACAAACGACUGGAGGAGCAGUUGGACGCCAGAAUGAGGGAUUGUGUCGGUAUCGACACGCAAUACCAGGACCUCCGAGGAGAGCUUGCAACCAGCAAUAAUAAACUGAAGAGGGUGGAACUUGAGAAGGCGACUCUACUCAAAGAGGUCAACGACUUAAAGUCCCGUUCCUCCUCUCCAACCAAGUCUUUCUUGAGCACUCGCAGCAAGAUGAGCGAUGCACCCGACCAGUCGCAGAACGAGCUGGCGCAUAAAAAGACGAAGAACCAAUUGAAGAUUGUGCAGAAGCAGUUGGAUUUGGAGAAGGAAAAGGUCGCCACCUUUCAAAAUCAGACCAUGAUGAUGCGCAAUGAGAUGAAGAAAUUCCCCUUGAAUCCAUUCGCAUUCCGCGUUGCCGACAAGAGUAAUGCUCAAACUAAACUCCUGUCUCUUGAAGACGAACUUACUAACACUACCUCAGAGGCGGCAAACGAUGUCCCAGACAAGACAAACGAUGGCUCUGCUGGUGUUGAGCAGAAACCUAUUCCAAAGGGCAAGGAGAGUGAGCACAGCGCCGAAUGGAUUGAAGAACACCGAAAGCUCACCCGAACCAAAUCUAUCGUCAAGGUCAUCAAGACUUACACCCAUCACCCUAUCCGAUGCUGGCUCCAGACUGAGUUGGACCUUGCAGUACUUAUUAUCUGCUGGGCCAUCGCGACCUGGAACUUUAUCGUCCCUUAUAUUCGAAAUGCUGGCCUUGCUCCAGUUGGCGGCCCGGUAUCCUUCAGCAAAAUUCGCCUUGCAGUCGAUACCGUUAAUAAUCCCUUUUCUCAACCUCGCCCUAGAUCCGACAGCAUCGACAGUUUCUUUACACAAUCCUCGGACUCCGGUUCUGUUGCUGAAGAAACCAUUGUCCCUAACGCCAAUUCCAAUGGAAAUACCUCGGAUGACCGCGCUCCCGGAACUAUCAAAAUGAUGGCCACUAUUAAAGAAGAUAACCUACCCUCUUCUCCUUCUAACCGACUGAAGCUUCUCAAGAAGAGAGCCUCUCGUCUUUUUAUCUCUCCGCCUACAGGAGAUUAUCCUUUAACAGCAUGGCAGCAAUUGACCUGCAUCGACCCUCGCCGCAAGCCAUCCGUCAUAUGGACCCUCUUCUACUUCGCCUUCCACGUUGCGUUUUACCUCCUCAUCUACUUUACUUAUCAGGAACGCCAGAUGUGGUUGGCAGCCAACAACGUUACCCGAGCCUUCGUCGACAACCUAUACAAGCAUCGCCAGCAAUAUAACCGUGGUGUUGUAUUUGAAUUCCUUUCUCAGGGCGUUGCGACUGGAAUCGAACGAUCGAUGCUUUCUUUCGCCGAGAAUGCAUUCGGAUAUGAGGUUACGGCGUUUCCCCGACCUGGAUAG